AUGGCGACUGACGUGGUCCUUGAAACGAGCAUGGUUGCGCAUGUUAAUCAAGAAGCUCAGGGCGCCAUUACGGUCGAGCUCUAUAAUGACCACGCUCCAAGGACCUGCCAAAAUUUCGCCACUCUUGCCCAACGAGGGUAUUACAACAAUGUGAUCUUCCAUCGUAUCAUCCCCAACUUCAUGGUUCAAACCGGUGAUCCCACCGGCACCGGGCGUGGAGGUUCAAGCAUCUAUGGGGACAAGUUUGCGGACGAAAUACAUGCUUCCCUCAAACAUACCGGUGCGGGCGUCCUGAGCAUGGCCAACAGUGGCAAAGACACCAACGGGAGUCAAUUCUUCAUUACAUUGGCACCAACACCGUGGUUGGAUGGAAGACACACCAUAUUCGGUCGUGUUAAGAGCGGCAUGAAGGUUUUGCAAAGAAUGGGCCUGGUCAAGACCAACAGUGAGGACAGGCCGUUGGAGGAAGUGAAGAUCCUCCAAGCAAGAGUUGUCGAUGCCACGGGAGGAGACUGA